AUGGCAUCUAGAUCUCAAGAUCAUGAUGCCAGGGGACUGCCGGCCCCAAGUGUAGGGGACUACAAAGUUGGUGCGGAAAUUGGUCGCGGCUCUUUCGCAACAGUCUAUCAGGGAUAUCAUAAG